CGUGCGGCGGACGUGCGGCUGCGUUACUGUGGAAACAAGAUGUUGACGAGUGGCUAAGUUCAGCCUAGCGAAUAUGCCAAACAGCCCGCCAGUGUGAGCGAAACCAUCCUCCACGGCCGCUGUGGUGAAAAUUAGAGGCCGCAUAGACCAGUUCGUCUUCUCUGCGUUUCAUCGGCUUCACAAGACACUUCUCAGUCCGCUUUCGUUGCUGCUCGUAGCUCAUGCACCGCCUGUUUCUUCGCUGCUCCUACUUUUGUUGAUCUUUCGUCGCUGCCAUCUGUCCAGAUGUCGUCCGCUCUCCAGCCCCGGGAGAUCGGCACAUUGAUAGCCGUUCUGAUCAAAGCGAAAAACCUGCCCAAUCGUCGCACGUUGGGUAAACAGGAUCCGUACUGCACAGUCAGAAUCGGCCAGAAUGCGCAGUCAACCAAUGUAGACAAGCGCGGUGGUCAAAGGCCGAUGUGGAACCACGAAGUCCGCUUUGUCGUCAGCGAGACAGACGAGACCAUGAAGCUCACCGUCUUGGACGACAACGACUCGCGUCCCGAACUGAUUGGCGACACUGUCGUGGAUCUCAAACCAGUGCUCCAUACCACGCAUAAAAAGGAGCAUGACAAGUGGCAUGAGAUCCAGCAUAGAUCAAAAUAUGCCGGUGAAAUAUACAUAGAAAUGACGUUCUAUCCAAACAAGGAGCACGUCCACACAAUUCGCGCAAAGAGAGCUGAACAUAAGCGUCUCUCGUCACCAAAGGUAUCCAUAGACAACUUUGGUGGAGUACGCCCUCUCCCCGCGACACCCGGUCGACUUGGCGAGGGUAUUCCGUCGCUUGGCUCAUCGCCACUACAGCCCGCGCAGGCAGCGUCAAGAUCGUCUUCGACCUCAUCAUCUCCGGCGUCCACACCUCGCGGCUAUUUCAACUCUCAGCAGCCCUUUGAUCGUAGACACUCGACUUUGUCUGCAUCUCAACAGCACUCGCUACCUCUUAUGCCCGCCCGAUCUAACUCGCAGGGUCAAUUGUCGUCAACCGCAUACUCAAAAACUCGAAGAGUAUCUGGCGGCUCAGAGAAUAAUCGGCCUGCAAGCCGACCGGUUAGUGCAUACUCGUAUGACUCCACAGUUUUGUCGGGCGUCCCAGACGAAUGGCGCUCGAAUGUUGACCCUCCGAUGAAGGCAUAUGAGAGGAGCUACGACGAAGAGACGUACUUUGGGGAUCGCUACUCACGCGGAGAUCGGGACUCUCCGAGCCAGUCUGACGCAGAUUUUUUGGCCGAGCAGCUCGAGAAGCUGCGCUACAGUAGCCAGCCGAUGUCUCCAAGACACCAGACGCCAGAGUAUGAACACGAUAGAUACAUCGAAUCUCCGCAGAGUCCCGGUCGGCCACUGAGCCAUCGCCGGACUACCGGUGGUCGGCGCCCGCUGCCGAUGCCUCCUGGAGUCGGUUGAACGGGACCAAACGAGAGACUGUGAGCACCUCAUCUUCUACAUAUAAAAUACUUUUCUUUCGUUUACGGGUUCAGUGGAUCGAGGCUUUAAUGUGAAUUCUUUGCUUUUAAUUAUGUUUGGGUAUACUUUUGGAAACUAUCAUUGCUUGAAUAGUAAAUGUCGUGAGAGUUAGAAUCUUCAGUCAAUUUACAAUUGCAUAUAUAUAUAUAUAUAAUCUAGUGCAUCUUUUGAAUACGAUGAUUGCU